AUGAAGCUUCCAAAUGGAGUAAGGAUGUUCCUUUUGAGGGCCUGUAGUGAGGCUUUGGCCACCUUUAGUAACCUAUGCAGAAGGAAGAUUAGAGAGGAAAAUCUAUGCCCAAUAUGCCAUCCACAGGAGGAAACUUUGAGCCAUGCAUUGUGGAGUUGUGGAGUUGCUCGAGAUGUAUGGGGACAGGCCAGUAGACAUAUCCAAAAAACGACCACUAAUGAUCCGUGCUUUAAUGUAGUUUGGUCCCAGAUGAGAGAAAGAUUAUUCCAACCUGAAAUGGAAGAAGCAGGCAUGAUAAAAAGACUCCUCUGGACCAGGAGGAAUGACUUUGUGCAUGGGAAAGCAUUCAGACACCCAAACUCAAUCAUUCAGAAAACUGAAGGUGACCUGAGAUGUUUCAAGAAAGCUCAGACUAAGACCUAUGUUGGAAUAACCAGGGGUAGCACACCAUGUGAGAAAUGGAAGAAACCCUCAGAGGGAAAAUAUAAACUCAAUUGGGAUGCUGCUAUUGAUGUGUCAAGGGACCUGGUAGGCAUUGGAGGCAUCAUUAGAGACUGCAAUGGGGAGGUGCUAGCUACAUUAAGAGCCAAAAGAAAAAUGAUCCUCUCCCCCUUUGCUGCAGAAGCUUAUGCUUUGAUGGUGGCUAUGCUCUUCAGUAAUGAAGCUGGGAUACUUAAACUUAUGCUUAAAGGCGACUCCUUACAGGUAGUUCAGAAAUUGCAAAAACUAGUAGAGGACUGGAGUAUAGGAGGCCUUAUAGUGGAAGACACAAGAAAGGUCCUAAAGUCCUUUAUUUCUUGGUCUGUUUGCCACACUAAGAGGGAUGCUAAUAUGAUAGCACAUAAGCUAGCCAAGGAUGCCCUUUUAAGUGAUUAUGAUCUAUAUGAUCUAGAGGAGAUCCCAAAUUGUAUUAAGCAACUUGUUGCUGUUGAAGCUUUUGUAACCUUGUUUAAGCAAUGA